UGAAAUUCAAACUCUUCUUCUCUGCAAACCACUCUGCUAAUUAAAUAUCCAACGCCUAAUCAAUAAAUAAUAAAACACCGCCGCAACAAUAUCUACACACAACAGAUAAUAUAAUAACAUCAUCCCAGCACUAUAAUAUGAUGAAUAAUUUGUUCUUGCCAUCAACCCUGCCAUUUACCAUAUGCGCCACGUUAUUGUUUCUCUUCCUUCUUUAUAGGCUACGCAGAAGCAACAAUAGUACUGGUGUAGCUUCAAAGACACUCCAACCACCACCAGAAGUUGGCGGAGCUUUGCCUUUAAUCGGCCACCUCCACCUUUUAAGUGGUUCCCAGUCACCUCACGUCGUCUUGGGGAAGUUAGCCGACAAAUACGGACCAAUCUUCACCUUCCGUUUGGGUGUUCAUCGAACUUUAGUUAUAAGUAAUUAUGAAAUGGCAAAACAGUGUUUUACAAUAAACGACAAAGCAUUUGCUUCACGUCCUAAAUCUGUAGCCUUUGAAAUUCUAGGCUAUAACUUUUCCAUGAUUGGUUUCAGUCCCUACGGUUCCUAUUGGCGCACCAUGCGGAAAAUCGCCACCGUCCACGUCCUCUCCACUCAACGGAUAGAGAUAUUGCUUAAACACGUGAUGGAAUCUGAGGUGGAAACAGCAAUGAAAGGUAGUUACGAUCUUUGGCAAAAGAUGAAGAACGUGGGUAAUCCUGAAAGGGCGAUUACGGAAAUGAAAAAAUGGUUUGGUGACAUAGCUAUAAAUGUUAUGUUUAGAACGGUUUUUGGAAAACGUUUUGGCAAUGACAAUGAAGAGAAUGAACGGAUUAGAAAAGCACUUAGGGAUUUGUUCGAUCUCACUGGUUCAUUUGUUAUAUGUGACACGUUGCCGUAUUUGAGAUGGUUGGAUUUGGAUGGAAAAGAGAAGGCGAUGAAGAAAACGGCCAAAGAGUUGGAUGAAUUUGUUUGUGUUUUGCUCGAUCAACACAAACGUAAUAGAAACUCUGAUGACGAACUUGACUUCAUGGAUGUGCUCAUUUCCACCGUUGAUGAUCAUGAUUUGGACGGCCGUGAUUCUGACACCGCAAUCAAAGCUACUUGUUUGACACUAAUUCUAGCAGGCACAGACACAACAUCAGGAACAUUGACUUGGACUCUCUCUUUACUUCUCAACAACCGUGAAGUCUUAAAUAAAGCUAUUCAAGAAUUAGAUACACAUAUUGGUACGGAAAAUAUGACAAUAAAAACAUAUUUGACAAAAUUGAAUUAUAUUCAAGCCAUUAUCAAGGAAACAUUGCGUUUGUACCCAGCCGCACCACUCAAUAUUCCUCAUGAGUCCAUUGAAGAUUGUACUGUUGGUGGAUACCAUGUGCCUUCCGGGACGCGUCUUUUAACCAAUGUUUCGAAACUUCAACGAGAUCCAAUAUUAUAUAUAGAUCCGUUGGAGUUUCGACCAGAGAGAUUUCUCACAACUCACAAGGAUGUUGAUGUCAAAGGUCAACAUUUUGAAUUGAUUCCAUUUGGUUCGGGUAGAAGAAUGUGUCCCGGAAUCUCAUUUGGUAUUCAACUUAUGCAAAUAACACUCGCUACUUUGUUACAUAGAUUUGAUAUAAUUACUCCAAAUGAAGGACCAGUUGAUAUGGCUGAACAAAACGGCCUCACUACUAUCAAAGCCUCUCCACUUGAAGUCAUUCUCACUCCACGUUUGUCUACCCAAGGUUUUAGUCAAAAUACAUGAUUGUGGCAUAUUGUAUUUCUAAUAAAUUCACCAUUAGAUCAUUUAUUUUGCACCAAAAGGACAUUUGGCUUUAUUUUGUUAUCCAAUUUAUUGGGGAUUGGUUGUCGUCAUUUCUAGUAUUGUUUGAGGUGUUUCUUGUUUGUUGGCUUUGGAAGUACUAGUGUUUUGUGUGAUGUUGGCUUUGGCGGUGUGUUGCCCUUUGUUUGGCAAGUGUGUUCUUCAUGUUAUUAUUAGUACAUUUAACUUAAAUAUUAAAUUAAAAUUUCAAAAUA